AUGGAUGUGACCUCGGCAGAGCUGUGCCAGAAAGCUGCACACUUCUUCGGCAAGCGCUUUGUCGGAGCAUUGGAAGCUCUGCAGGAACCCACUGGCUGUUUGCACCGAGUCGCUGACGAUGACUACAUGUUUAACGUGAUUUCAACUUCAGUCCACAAGGAGGACAGACAGCGAGUCUGCACAGGUGGACCUGAUAUGGGCUCUUUGGAUCAACAUGUUUCACCAACGACACCAAGCCAAGUGGAAGAGGAAGUGGUUUUGCCGCCACCCGACAACUCUGACAACGACCCGCUGCCUGCUGAUGAAGAUUUCAAGAUCAGCAGCACUUCCUGUCCUGCCGGAACAUUUCCAUUCCGGGAUCCACAGCAUUGCAAAAAGGCAGCUAGACGUCUCAAGCGAAAGUUUGCCGGGUUCAUCUCGUCUUUGUCAGAACCUUAUGGAUGCAUCCACCGGGCAGCAGACCAAGAUAUCAUGUUCAACCGCUUCCGGACAAAGUUUUCGAAAGAUGGCCGUGAGGUUGUUUGCAGCUCCAAGAAGGAGCCGGACAACAAGCUCCGUGAGCCCCUUUCCCAGGAGAGCGCGCUGCAAUUAAAGCUCUACUGCUUUGGGUGGACAGCUCGACGUCCUCGCGAAGAGCUCCUGCUGCCUCUCGCUCGGCAACUUUUCCAAGCUUGCGACGGCUAUGCCUUCUUUACUGACACUGAUGCCCCUGGCGAGAACGUCUCUGACAUCAUCAAGGUCCCAUUGCCACGGACCCAGCAGCUGCGUUCCGAGCAGUUCUGGCUGCUGCUAAAGAAUAUGGUGGGACUCCUCCCGGCUUGGGAAUAUUUGCUUCAGACAAACAGAACCGAUGGCUUUGACUGGGUGGUGAACCUGGAGCUGGAUCACUUUGUGGUUGCCUCACAGCUUCGACGCACCAUAGCAGAUUACGUUAACACGAUGAUACUUGGCAGCCUCCCUGGGCAAGAUCCCUGGGAUGAUGCCAUCAUGCUUAUCUUCGGAAACGUGUUCGCCUUCAACAUGAAGCUGGUGCAACAGAUGAAAGCUGAGUGGGGUGUUAUCGGUCGCGUGAUCUCCGACAGCAGAUCAAAGGGUCUCGGCUGCCCCGUUAUCUCGGGAUCACGAGCGCACAAUGAGGGGCACUGUGAGCAGGAUAUGGUCUAUGAGAAUCUGCGGGACUACCUCAGCCGACCACCGACGAUUCUGGGUGCCAAUGGAUGUGGAAAUGAUGCCAUGUCCGACAUCUUAGUCCCCUUCCCUUUGGGUUGCUGGCAAGACUUCCCCUUCGGAGAGGAGGAGCCUGAGAGGAUGAAGGCGAUUCGUGAAGUUGCUUUGCUCUGGAACUUUUCGGACCUGCACUCAGCAGAAGCGCACUGCAAAUCGCGAGGUGAAGAUCUUGCCAGGCAUUGCAAAUCCUUGUUCCGGGCGAAGAGAGUGCCCAUAAUCCACAACAUGAAGACGCCGGCUCUGCUGAAGCUGGCCAUUGAUGUGCUGCUUCCACUCUCUUUGGGGAGCACAGAGCUAAGCUCACCGGAUGUGCCAGCGGCAAUAGAGUCGAAAGCAAAGCUGCUGGGCAGUAGUCAGGAUUUCGUUGUCAAGCACCCACACUUCGCAUCGACAGGUGCCGUCAGCAGUUCCUCGACGGCCAGUGCAGGACCCCUUCAAAAGGCCACAGCACAGCGAUCUCGCGAGUCAUGCAGCAUUGUCAGUCGCUAG